UACCUGAAUUAAUGGCAAAAAGUGUCUUGAGUCACUAUCAUUGAGAUCAAUCUACUAAUCAACUAAUUCUGUGGUUACAACAAUUAACUUUUCUAUUAUUUUCUCUGGUUUUCCUCUUCUUCACAAUCUAAUUGUAGUAACCAGGAAAACCCAUCUCUCUCUCAUCAUCCUCAUCUUCCUCAUCAUCUACUCACUCACUUUCUAUAUCUCUUGUUGUGGGUGAAUGUUCAUCUUGAUUGUAUUACUUGAAACAUCAUUAAAUUGUUUUCCUUUUUAUUAGUGACAAUUAUUAUUACCAAUUAAACAUCUUAACUAUUGAUAACAUGGCUUCAACUACUACAGCUAAUUCUUCCAAUGGAGGACCAAUCGAUUGUCGUAUUGAUGCCGUCUUCGAGAACUGGGCUGCCAAAAAAUUAUCCGAAAUGAAGACAAUUAUCCCAACAAUUAAAACCGUUUACCAAUGGAAUAUACUUAAAGGCGGUAAACCGGCCUCCGUUUGGACUUGUGACUUUAAAAACGGCGACGGUGCCAUUCAUCGAGGUCCACCCAAGGCUGGAAAACCCGAUUGUUCACUGACCAUUGAAGAUGAUUCCGUUUGUCGGAUAUUCGAGGGCAAAGAAGAUGCGAUGAGGGCUUUCAUGAGUGGGAAAUUGAAAAUCUCUGGAAACAUUUUAGCAGCUCAAAAAUUACAACAACUUUGGGCUGAAGAAUCAACAAAUGUUCAAUCACCACCUUCGUCAAACAAUCAAUCAAAUCAAUCCGGUGAUUAUGAAUCGGAUCCUGAUGUUGAAAAAAUUCCAAUCUCUGGACAUAAAUGUGAUCUGAUAUUUAACGUUUUCAUGAAUCGAGCUCAAGAGGAACCUGAAUACAUGAGGAAAUUGCGAGUUAUCUUUCAAUUCAAUGUACUUAAAAACGGUAAACCAGCGUGUGUAUGGACUGCUGAUAACAAAUCGACCGCCGAUGUUGUUUGUUACCGAGAAGCGCCUAGAGGAGUUAAGCCUGAUUGUAUCAUCACCAUGGACGAUGAUGACCUACUCAAGGUAAUGGUGGGUAAGGUCAAUCCUCAGCGUCUCUUCAUGAUGGGAAAGAUCAAGAUCAAGGGAAACAUCAUGUUGAUGCAAAGAUUAAAUUCCCUGUGGCUUGAGUUCCAGAAAUUGGGUAAAACACCAGAAUUACCGUUAGCCGUUGAUAUUCUGGUCGAUCAGCCCCUUAAACCUGGACUUCGAAGUGAAUAUGUUAUCAUUGAUUUGGUCCAACGAAUUGUCCGAAUCCCUGGUCUACACAAUCAAGCCUCCGGUUCACAUCAAUUUAACAUAACCAAAGAGGGAAACAUUGUAUCACAAUGGGUUAUCGAUUUGAAAACUGAAGCACCAAAGGUCCGAAGAGGAAGUGACCCCGAAGCCGUUACAGUUACUACCGUUGAUGAUUAUAACUUUGCUAAAUGGGUUAUGAUGAAAUUAACUUUAGCCGAUGGACUCGCAACCGGAAAAAUCAAUGUAACCGGAGAUAAGGUGAAACUUGAAAAGCUAAACAAAUUGUUUAUAACUCCAACUUCAAUCAAGUCGAAACUUUAAUUGGUUGAAUAUUGAUCACAAUUAAGAAGUUGAUUUGAUCCUGGAAAAAUCAAUGAUUAGAUUUGAUAAGUUUUCUAUCAUUAUUAUUUUUUUAUAUACUCUUAGAGAAUCAAAUUAUUUUGUUAAUUACUCUUUUUUACAACUAAACAGCAUCGUAAUUGUUUCCAAUUGAUUUAAAUCCUUUUCGAUGCUUGAAAAGCAAUUAAUUAAUUUACACUCGUAAUUAAAGUUUUUUUCACUUUAUUAUUGUUA